AUGAGCAGCAUGACUAACUACAGCACUCCCCAGCUUGGGGACUACUUGCCUCACUAUCUCCGGGAAGGGGACCCCUUUGUAUCUAAGCUCUCCUGGGAAGCCGACCUAGUGGCUGGAGUUUACUUGAUGAUAAUCGGGGUGCUCUCAACCCUGGGAAAUGGAUAUGUCAUUUAUAUGUCUUCCAGACGCAAAAAGAAGUUGAGGCCUGCCGAAAUAAUGACGGUCAACCUUGCAGUCUGUGAUUUAGGGAUUUCAGUUGUAGGUAAGCCUUUCACUAUCGUUUCUUGCUUCUGUCAUCGCUGGGUGUUCGGCUGGAUGGGCUGCCGGUGGUAUGGAUGGGCUGGUUUUUUCUUUGGCUGUGGGAGCCUUAUCACCAUGACAGCUGUCAGCCUGGAUAGAUACUUGAAAAUCUGCCACUUAUCUUAUGGCACCUGGCUGAAGAGACAUCACGCUUACAUCUGCCUGGCGAUCAUUUGGUCCUACGCUUCCUUCUGGGCAACCAUGCCCCUGGUGGGGCUGGGGAACUAUGCUCCCGAGCCGUUUGGUACCUCGUGUACCUUGGACUGGUGGUUGGCUCAGGCCUCGGUGGCUUGUCAGGCCUUCAUCCUGAACAUCCUCUUCUUCUGCCUGCUGCUGCCAACAGCCGUGAUUGUGUUUUCCUACGUGAAGAUUAUCGCUAAGGUGAAGUCAUCCACCAAAGAAGUGGCCCAUUUUGACAGCCGGAUCCAGAACAGCCACGUGCUGGAAAUGAAGCUUACAAAGGUGGCAAUGUUGAUCUGUGCAGGAUUCCUGAUAGCCUGGAUCCCCUACGCCGUGGUUUCCCUGUGGUCAGCCUUCGGGCAGCCCGACUCCAUUCCCAUUCAGUUUUCCGUGGUGCCGACCCUGCUUGCAAAAUCGGCAGCGAUGUAUAACCCGAUUAUUUACCAGGUCAUCGAUUGCAAAAUUUCCUGUUGCCGAUCUGGUGGGCCGAAAACAGGCAAGAAGGAAUCUUCGAAGAACUCCAGAUUGCAUUCUGUGUCCACCAUCAGAAAGCCUUCGGCAGUUUCUGGACCACAUCAAGAAGUAUGA